AUGGCCCCAGCGCUGGCUGAAGCACUCAUGACCAACUCGACUCUGACCAAUUUGAGAUUGAGCACCAACUCGAUCGGAUCCAAUGGAGCUCAGGCGCUAGCUAAGGCACUCAAGACCAACUCGACUCUGUCCACUUUGGACUUGAGCUUCAAUUCGAUCAAAUCCAACGGAGCUCAGGCGCUGGCUGAGGCACUCAAGACCAACUGGACUCUGUCCGUUUUGGAGUGGGGCUUCAACGUGCCCAGAGACAGGCACUGGCUGACGCACCCAACACGAACUCGAGUGUGUUUACUUUAG